CUACUUUUUAUUGUUUUGUGGUCAUUACAAUCAGUGUGCACAAAACAAAGUGAUAACAAUUCAAUUAUUAGUUAUCACCCCAGUGUGUUAAAUCAAUAAAUAAAUUCUCUAAUGGGGAUAUGUCGUGUUAGGUUGGUAGCCCUUUAGGGAUUGUUUUUGAUUUUGAAAAUUAUCAAAAAAGCAAAACAAGCGGUUAGUUUUCUUAGUUUUAUUUUGUGGUUUGUGGUCAUUAUAAUCGCUCGCAUUAGUUCACUUCGUAAAUCCAACCAAAAUGGUUAAACUAACAGAAGACCAGUUCGACUUGUACACUUACAAGAACACCGGAAAGUCCAUUUCAGUCCGUAGUUUUACUUGGACAAACCAAAGCAACGUUUCCGUGCAAGUUAUUACUUAUGGGGCGACUAUAACUUCUAUGAAAAUCCCGGACAAAAACGGGGCUAUCAAGGAUGUCGUAGGAGGCGGUAGCACAAUUAAAGAGUACCAAAAAGCCGAAGUCUAUUUUGGGGCUACUGUGGGGCGCGUUGCCAACAGGAUCGGAAACGGCCAAUUCAAGCUCUUUGACCAAAUAAUCAACGUGAGCAAAAACCUCGGCAAGCACCAAUUGCACGGCGGAUUUGUCGGAUUUGAUAAAGUCAUUUGGGAGUACUACGUCAGUGGUAAUAAGGUAACAAUGAGUUACCACUCCGCUGAUCUUGAAGAGGGCUUCCCUGGGGAUGUCGUAGUCCAUGCCACUUUUGAGCUAACCGAAAACAAUGAAUUUUUGGUGGAGUACAAAGCGACCACAACUAAACCAACUUAUGUCAACAUGACAAACCAUUCGUACUUCAACUUGGCCGGUCAUGACGCUGGCGCUAGUGAACUUUACAAACACGUCGUUUGCAUAAACGCCGACCAAAUCACCGAAGUCGACGCCGACAGCAUUCCCACAGGAAAAUUACUACCGGUGGCCAACACCGUCUUCGACUUGCAAGUCCCCAAAGUCCUCGGCGAUGUCAUCACCAAAGUCCCCAAAAGCGACGGCUUUGACCACAACUUUUGCGUCAACAAAGGCCCCGAGCAAGGAACCACAUUUAUCGCAAGAGUUUACCACCCUGACAGUGGCAGGAUGCUUGAAGUGUAUAGCAACCAACCCGGAGUACAGUUUUACACCUCAAACUUCUUCCCCGAAAACCCCAAAACUUGCAAGGGGGAUAAAAGCAAGUUGGCGAGUUUGGUCGGUAAAGGCGCUUCCUAUUACAAACACGGGGCUUUGUGUUUGGAGACGCAAAAUUGGCCCGAUGCUCCGAAUCACGAUAAUUUCCCUAAGUCGAUUUUGGUGCCCGGCGAGACUUAUUACCACAACGUGGCUUACAAAUUCUCCGUGAAGAAUUAAAACAAGUUUGUUAAAAACUCAUGCUUGUUACAUCUAAAUUACAAAUUAUACUUCACAUUAAA